GGUGCAGAAACACAGAGCUCGUUUCCUCUGGGUUAAAAUUUAAUCCGUUUUUCACAUUUAGCACCAGAAAUCUCCGCAUUUGAGGAGUGUUGCAGUCAGUGCUCAUUUGAAAAGCAUCUGGUUUGUGCUGUGCUGCGGUGUGCUGUUAGUUUCCGUGGCCACAGAGCUGUGUGGGCUGCAGGAGAAGAUGGCUGCAGGAGGAGAGAAGAGCGAGGAGCAGAUGAUGCAGGAGCUUGUGGACGAACUUUACAAUUUCAGAGACUCUUAUAUCUCGACUCGUAGUGUGGAGGAAGCUGGGAACAAACAAAGGGAAGUUGCAGAGGAGAUGGAACGGACACUAAAGAAAGUGGAGGAAAAAGAAAAGUGCUUUAAACAGAAAGCAGAGUUUUUGCUGCUGAAAGGCAGGUGUCUGAACGUGACCCCAGAUUUCAGUAGUGUCGCAGAGGAGUGCCUUUCCCGUGCCGUGAAGCUGGACCCUGGACUGGUUGAGGCCUGGAACAUAUUGGGGGAGCAAUACUGGAAAAAAGGAGAUUUGAUUGGUGCUAAUAACUGCUUUACUGGUGCCUUACAACAGAACAAGAACAAAGUUUCUCUGCGCAACCUCUCUAUGGUGCUUAGGCAGCUGCCAGCAGCCAGCCGUGACUUGCAGAAGAAGAAGGUGCUGGAGAGUGUGGAGUUGGCCCGAGAAGCAGUCGAACUGGAUGUAAUGGAUGGGACAUCUUGGAAAGUCCUGGGAAACGCCUAUGUAUUUGUGUUUUUCGCCGGUGGGCAGGAUCCACAAUUCUCUCAAAAAGCUUUUCGUGCUUAUACUAAAGCUGAGACUGUGGACAAAGCUGCUUCUUCCUUUGCAGAGCUGCAUUUCAACAGAGCCACUUUGUUCCAGUACGAGGAGAUGUUUGGGAGCGCGCUCGCCGGCUACGGCCGGGCAGCAGCGUUGGACCCGAGCUGGGAAGUGGCACCAGUGAGAGAGAAGCAGCUACUGGAUUAUCUGGAGAAAGUGAUAGAACUCAUACAGAACAAGGGGAAGGUGAAAGGGCAUCGAUUACGGAAGAUGCUCUCCAACCUCAACACCUCAGCUUUGGGUCCCUGCUCGUCUCCCACGUUCCGCUGUCCCUCGGACCGUGUGGGCAGCCUGGAGCCUCAAACUCUCUCCUCCUUCAAACUUGGUCACAAUGCCGGGGUUGCUGCUCUGGGAAAGGUGGUGUUCAGCCUGGCCGCUGACGGUCGCAUGGCUUUUACAUUCGGCAUGGUUGACAGUGAGGAGACGUGUGUCGUGGUGAUGGUGUAUAACACGGCCGACAGCUGGGGUGUCCUAAUAGGAGACUCUGUUGUCAUUCCUGAACCUAACGUGAAACGACACAGUAUCACCCAUAAAGAUAAGACAUUUGACUUCAAAAGUAUAAGAGUUGACUCUCCACUCUUCCUCAUCGUCAACGGCAAGAAGCAAAACAUCCAAAGUCAGAUUCCUGUCUCAGUGAGCUACACGAUACAGAGUGAUUAACAGCAGCUCCAAGAAAAAGGACAACGUUCUCAUUUUCUUCUUCUGAUUCGCCAGUUCCACUUUUUUGCCUGUUUUAUUGGCUAUUUGUAAAUAAAUGUCAGUGUUUUGUUUAUUUCUAUUUAAUUAAUUCCAUUUUUUUACUGUUAGUGUAUGUCCAACUUGGAGAGGUUUUUGUAAAUGAAAGGACCUGUUUUCGUUUCAAUGUCAGAGUUGAGAGUUCUGCAUAGCUUUAAGAAAAAGAAAAUAUCUUAAACAUUUUUGUUUGUGUUGUGUCUUAAAGGAGAAGCUGUCAGAGUGGAAUAAUAAGACAAAGUUGUUUACUCAAGACUUUCAUUUUUAUCCAUAAGUUGGCAUAUGCACAGUGCAGGAACUUAGAAAUUGAUGCAAGUAAAUGGGAUUCAGCCGCCUCUUCAUCUUGGCUUCCAAGUGGCUCUCAGAAUUCUUGAUAAAGUCCAGUUAUUAUAUUUUCACUGCGACAUUUAUCCAUUGUUACUCAACAAAAAUGCACUCAAAAACAAACUUGUCUUCUGAUUUGAGCGCUUAAUAAACAGUUUACUACAAAUGUGCGGUGUCAGGGACAUUCCUAUUACAUUUCACACUUUAAAUAAGGACUGUCUUGGUUUGACCUGUAUUUUUUUUCUCCCUACAAACAGGAUUUCUUUAAAUAUAAGCAAGCAUUUUAUUGCCACUCCUCCCUGUUCAGAGAUGCAAGGGGCCCUGCAGUUUAUCUCAGCUGUCAUUGGAUAAGAGGCUGAGUACAACCCAGCUGCAAGACUCAAAUUAGAAUUGCCACUCAAUCUAAGGUUCAUGUUUUAUCAUCAGGAGAAAACCUAAGCAGGGAAGGGGAGGUAGUACGAACUUCACUCCAAAAUGCCCCAGCGAAGACUGAAACAAACCUUUUUUCUUUGAGGCUGUGUGACAUAAAUCAAAUUAUUCAAACUGUAUACCGAUAUACUCAAAUAAAGUCAUUUGUGGCAAAAACCAGAGACCUCACCACAGGAACUGUUGAGUAAAUACUUUAAAGGUUCUGACCUGAAAAUAAACACCAAAAGUGUUAAAAGUAAAAUACAGAGCUAUGAAUGCAAACAAAAUUGGUACUAUAAAAGUGUACUGACAUCACUCAAACAUUUUAGCCCCUUCAAGGUAGUAGGCUCCACCUCCUAACCUAAAAAUACUUAUCAGAUAAUACUCUACUCUUUAAUCUGUUCUUAUUAAAGUAUAAAGUUAUCUGAUCGUUUGCAGGGAAGGCAGUA